AUGCUCGUCACCGGCUCCAUCAACACGCUCUCAGCAAAGUGGGCGGACAACUUCACGGCCAAGGGCUGUGGAGGGAGCAAGGAGCACAGCUUCCAGCAUCCCUUCCUCCAGGCAGUAGGCAUGUUCCUGGGAGAGUUCUCCUGCCUGGCUGCCUUCUACCUCCUCCGGUGCAGAGCCACAGGGCAGUCAGACUCCAACAUGGACCCCCAGCAGCCCUUCAACCCACUUCUUUUCCUGCCCCCAGCCCUCUGUGACAUGACAGGGACAAGCCUUAUGUAUGUGGCCCUGAACAUGACCAGUGCGUCCAGCUUCCAGAUGCUGCGGGGUGCAGUGAUCAUAUUCACGGGCCUGUUCUCGGUGGCCUUCCUGGGCCGGAGGUUGGUGCUGAGCCAGUGGCUGGGCAUCCUGGCCACCAUCGCAGGGCUGGUAGUAGUGGGCCUGGCCGACCUCCUGAGCAAGCACGAUGAUCAGCACAAGCUCAGCGAAGUGAUCACAGGGGACCUGUUGAUCAUCAUGGCCCAGAUCAUCGUCGCCAUCCAGAUGGUGCUGGAAGAGAAGUUCGUCUACAAACACAAUGUGCAUCCACUACGGGCAGUUGGCACUGAAGGCCUCUUUGGCUUCGUGAUCCUCUCCCUUCUGCUGGUGCCCAUGUACUACAUCCCUGCCGGCUCCUUCAGUGGGAACCCUCGAGGGACGCUGGAGGACGCACUGGACGCCUUCUGCCAGGUGGGCCGGCAGCCGCUUAUCGCCCUGGCACUGCUGGGCAACAUCAGCAGCAUCGCCUUCUUCAACUUUGCGGGCAUCAGCGUCACCAAAGAACUGAGCGCCACCACCCGCAUGGUGCUGGACAGCUUGCGUACCGUAGUCAUCUGGGCACUGAGCCUGGCGCUGGGCUGGGAAGCCUUCCACCCACUGCAGAUCCUGGGCUUCCUCAUCCUCCUGAUGGGUACCGCCCUGUACAACGGGCUGCACCGCCCACUGCUGACCUGCCUAUCCAGGCGACAGUCCCCAGGAGAGGAGGGCGAACGCCAGGGACUGCUGAGUGGCUCCCGGACUCCCAUCAACGAUACUAGCUGAGCCUCCCUUGGGGCCUCUGCUGCCACCCGGGUGCUCCUUCUCCACCCCUGGGCGAGCCCACACAGGUUGGUGGGCCUUGAGUGCCCUGUCCUCUCCCUACAGACUCCCAGAGCAGCUGCUGCCACAGAAGAUGAUGUGACACCCAAGUCCUCUUUCCUCACCACCACCUGCAAGGUGAUGUUGCCCAGCCCCCACAGGCCUGAGUGUGGUGUCGUGACCCAACCCUCUGAUCCCCUCCUGCAACACUAGAGCUAAAUCAUGAAGUUGAAUUGCAGAAAUUUACAACCCUAGCAUUUCUGAAUCAUAAACUAGAUCAUCACAAUAGAUUAUCUGGCUUAUGAGUCAUAUGCUAGAUUUGGUUCUCCAAAGAAGGGAAGCAGUGAGCAAGUUCAAACCAGAACUAAUCACUGUAUUUUCUAAAACUUGUAAGAUAUUCCCUGACCCUGUCUGGAAACCUGGGUUUCAGCCCAGACUCUGCCAUACACUCAAUGUAUGCUCCCCAGUACAUUACGUAGUCACUCUGGGCCUUGAUGCAGUGCUCUGGAAAGUAGGUGUCGCUGCCAUGGCCUUUGGUGCCUUCUGGCCCCAGCAUCCUGUGGUCCUGUGAUUUUGACCAACCCUAGGAAAGAGGAACAGCCCAUUUAUUGGAAAUGCCCCUCCUCCCCAUGCCUGUCUGUAGUGUCUUGGUCACACCCCCCCAAGGCCUCCCUGCCUGGGAGAGAUUCCAAGGGGAAUUCUAGGCAGCCCUUGAUAAUUGCUUUAUGAACUCUUUACCUUCUAUUUUAAAGAUGAGGAAACUGAGGCCCAGAGUUAUAAAUUGUUUGUCGAGAGGGGUCUCCAGCUGUGAGCUCUGGCCGAGGACAUGGGGGAGCCCCAGGCCAUGCAGCCGCCUGAUUCUGCAGCACAAGAUGUUGCCUGGGGGUAGUCUAGAAUGUUGGGAUGGAAAAGCUCUAAUGUACCAAAAGCACAGAAAUCGCCUAGUCCUCAUUCAUUGUUCAAAUGGAGAAGCUAAAGCCCAGAGAGGAGCUUCCCCAGGGUCACACAGCCAGUUACAGGCAAAGCUGGAUUUUCUAGUUCUCAGUCCUUGCCCAUCCCAUUCUGCCACAGACAGUGUAGCAAAGUACAGGACUGCUCACCUGCUAUGGGCUACCCCACCUGUGUGCUAAACUGUGCAAACCGUCUAAGAGGGCAUUAGGAAAGCAUUUGACCCUUAUUUGAGUGCUGCCUUGGGGGACUGUUGAUUUUGGUGUUUGAAGGGUUGGGGGGAAUUAUAAUGGGAGUUAGGUGGUGAGGGGUGGCAGAGCAUGGGAAGGGGAAUGCCCCAUCAGACCUGCCACCAACUCAGGCCAAUCACUUUACCUCUGGGAGCUUUGGGUCUUUACAUGUCUACAAUGGGAAAACCAGCCUCCGUCUCACAGGGUAGGCGUGAGAAUUAUGUAACACAAUAGAUAUGAAGGUGCUUGUAAACUGCCUAUGUGCUGUGGAGUGUCUGUAAGGCUGUGCUGUCAACCAGGGGUAGGACUGCAGUCCCAGCUAAGGCACGGCUCAAAGCAUCAGUUUUGCUCAAAAGAGGAGAAAUGAAAUGUGUUGUUAAAACACAGCACCACGCAGUAAAAUGUACAAUUCACAUUGA